AUCACAAUUUCGAUCCAAUACAUAGCAUAAAUAAUGGAGUGAGAAUGUGAGAUUGCUAAUAUGCCAAGACAUUAAGACUCAAAAGGGGAUAGAGCAAAAGUUAGAGAGCGAGUAUUGUAGCAGCAAGAUGACGAACGAGAAAUACGAUGAUGAUGAGCCAAUUGUUUCAACUGCAACUGAUCAGGAUGAACUGGGCCAAGGAUCACUAGGUAGUGCUAAUGAUGUGGGAAAAGUACCGGUGAAAUUCGACAAUGAACCAGAACUACCACUUGGAGACACCAACUAUGAGCUAUUGUUGGAGCUCUCAGGAAGAGGAGCAAGCACCAGUAGACUAGGGGCAGAUAUUGUGAUGGUCCUAGAUGUUAGUGGGAGCAUGGAAGGAGAAAAGUUGAUAGAAAUGAAACGAGCACUGCAAUUUGUGAUCAGAAAGCUUAGCUCCUCCGAUCGUUUGUCGGUCAUUAGCUUCGCAUCCGAUGCUGAUAGGAAGUGUCCGUUAAGGCAGAUAACACCAACCUCUCGAGAAGAGAUCGAUUUUUUGGUCCAGAAAUUAGUAGCAGAUGGAAGCACAAACAUUAGCGCUGGUCUUACAACGGCCUUGAAAGUGCUUGAUGACCGAAAAUUGACCACUGCCCGCUCUGGAGCCAUCAUGCUUAUGUCUGACGGUAUGCAGAAUGCGGGUGGUGAUGCAAGAGAUAUUUCGGUUGGUCGCUUUCCCGUCUUCACUUUCGGUUUUGGGACCGCUGCAGAAUACGACUCCGCGGUACUUAAUGAUAUUGCAAAGAAGAGCAACGGGGGAACAUUCUCUUUGUCAAAUCCUGGAGAUCUAAGCGUUGUGUUCUCCCAGUGUUUGGGUGGGCUUCUUAGCGUGCUUGUUCAAGAAGUGAAGUUGAUUCUAACGCCACAAACAGACAAGGUGAGUAGGAGAGAAAAGGUCACAACAAAAAUCAACAAGGUUUAUGCAGGAAAUUAUCCACAAUCAACGGAUGCUGCAACUGGCAUUGUCACUGUUACAUUUGGCGAUCUUUACCAGAGUGAGAUACGGACUGUCCUGGUCGACCUUUUUCUUCCUGCAGUCAGUAAGGAAGUCGACCUUGACGCGCUUGAAAUCGUCUGUUCCUACAGAGGUGAGACCGGGAAUCCGACGAGCACCAAUCCUGCUUUAUUUCGUGUAAUCCGAUCAAGCACACCGGUGACCAAACAGACUGAUGCAACUAAAGCUGAGAUAAAGCGUGUAGAAAUCAUAGAAUUGAUGAAAGAAGCAAGAGCUCUAGCUGACCAAAACAACUUGGAGGAGGCACUAAAUAAGGUUAUUCAAGCCCGAAAUAUGCUGGAGGAUCUUGACCUUCAGAAGCCAAAUCCUGUGAUUGAGACAUUGAAAUUUGAGUUAGAUGAGAUGGUGAAGUUUCUGCAAACUGAAGAAACCUACAAAAACAAGGGUCGUUCAUUCACUUAUUCUUCUGAAACUUCCCAUGAUCGUCAGCGUUUCGCUUCGAGAGGUGAUGUCGAAAAGAUACGUCCUUAUGCAAUUCCCCGUAUGGACAAAUACCGCGAUCAAGCCAAGGAGUUCGAGAAGGAUCCGACCAAGCCGAUUCCCACAGCUGCCGAAGAUGAGAAGCAAGAGGUAGCAGCAGAUCCACUCGCCGCCAUCGCGCCAUCUCUUAGCCACUACUUGGAGGUUGCUAUUGAUGCUCUUAAAAACAUCAAUAAAAUUGUUAACCAAAGAGCAUCAGCUUAGUGCUCACCUGUCCGUCUGUUUGGUUAUAUAGCUGGUGUAUGUCGCCUACUUGCUACUUACUGUUUGUUUGUUUGACAAGAAAACUUCGUCGCAUGUUUUUUUGCAUUGUAUCCAGUCCUGUUCUUAAUUGUUAUCAUGUUUCCAUCAUGAAAAAGUGUCACUAAUAAAGGCCAAAGUUAUCAUGUGGCUUCAAAUUUA